AUAGGAUCACUUCGUUUCUUUGACAUUGACUAGACAUAAUAUUAGACAUUUACAAACAAAAAGUAAAAUUAUCAAAAUAUCAAUCCUACAUUUCUGAUUAAAACCAAAAAUUGAAGGAAAAAUGCAAGAAGAUUUAGAGGUGACAGGGGUAUCGCGUAGUGGCAGAGUCAGAAAGAAAAGUUCAAAAUUAAUGGAUUUUGAGUCGCCUGACGACAUUGAGACGAGAUUCCGUCGUCAAACUCCAUUGAAGACGUAUUCAAAUGUGAGACACGAAGAGCAGGUGGAAUAUCAGGAGCCAACUCCGCAGAGGCCCGUCGAAGAAGCUGGGACUGCGUCUGGAAGUGAAUCUGAUUAUUAUGAAAACAAUGCAGACAAUGGUGAAAGCAUGGAAUCCGACAGCUCAGUCUCGGACGAGGGCUCCGCACGUACACCUGCGAAUUCCUUGUACAUGAUGGAGAAGAGUAAGAAAAAGGUGAUCGUCAAGGACGGUAGAGUCGUUGGGAGAGCUAAGGCUCAACGGAAAGAUAAAGGCAAAACACGCAUAACGGCGUACAUGAUGUGGGCUAAAGAAGCUCGCAAUGAUCUUCUAAGGAAGCACCCGGAUUUGGACUUUUCAGCGAUAUCAAAACGUCUUGGAGAAAUGUGGGCUAAUGUAAAUUACAAUGAAAGAUAUUUGUGGAAGAGAAAAGCAAAGCGGUUCGCUAUGCAGAAGGAACAGAAUCAACCGGUCGUUAACAAGAUCAUUUCUAAUCCAAGUAUUCGGCCUGCCCUCGGUCAGGGCCCCGGCAGGCCCCCCGCGGGCCGCGCGCCCCCUCGGCCGGCUCCCCCUACGCCUCCGCACCAGGCACUCGUGGCGGCGGGCGGCGCGGCGGGCGUGGGCGUGGGCGUGGGCGCGGCCGCCUACCGCGUGUCGGGCUGCGGCGCCGCCGAGGUCGCCGCGCACCUGCGCCUGCUCGGGGAGAGCCUCGCCAUCAUCGGGGAGAGGCUCAAGGAACACGAGGGUCAGAUCGCGGUGUCGGGCUCGGUGUCGGUGCUGCUGGACACGCUGCUGUGCUCGCUGGCGCCGCUGCUGGCCGUCGCGCGGGCCAUCCCCGCCAUCGCGCCCCCCCCGGCGCUCAUGCGGGACACCCUCCACAACAUCGCCUACAUCAUGCCCGGCCUGUAAGUCGCACUGCAGAGAAUUGUGUAUCUAAUAAACGAUUAAUAUAA